AUGGACAAAAGGUGGAUACAGAACCCGAACAAAUGCGCAGACGAAUACUUGGAUGGAAUCGAGGAUUUUAUUGAGUUUGCACGUAGACACAAUCCGGGUGCAACUAGAAUCCAUUGUCCUUGUAGGAGGUACAACAACACGUUAUGGGAGACAAUUGAAAGGAAUGGAAUGAUUGAGACAUAUAGCAUUUGGAACCUUCACGGGGAACAAUUAGAGCAUGCUUCGUCUUCAAAUGCCACAAGAGUGGACAAUGUUCAACCUAUUGUGGAUGCUAAUGAUCAAGUCAUGGAUAUUAUACAGGAUGUUUUUCCAUUUGCAUCGACCAACAUGAAUCAAGAAGAGCAAGAUGAUGUGCCUACACCAAUAGACAGUGCGGAGUUUGAACAAUAUGAAAAAUUGUUAAAAAAUGCCAACCAAGAGUUAUACCCGGGGUGCGAGAGCUUUUCCGUUCUUACGGCCAUUGUGGAGCUAAUGCACGGAAAAAUAAAGUAUCGUAUGUCGAACUUGUGUUUCGAUUACUUUUUGGGGGUUUUCAAGAGAAUGCUUCUGACGGACAAUUGUUUGCCGAAAGACCAUAAACAGGCGCAAAAUGUGUUGAAUGGUCUGGGAUUGGGUUAUGAAAAAAUUCAUGCUUGCAAAAACAAUUGCAUGUUAUUCUACAAAGAGCAUGAAUCGUUGGAUACAUGUCUUAUAUGCAAUGAGUCGAGGUUCAAGAUGACAUCUCAGAAUAGGACGACUAAGAUCCCACAAAAAGUCAUGCGUUAUCUGCCCCUGAAACCUAGGUUGCAGCGAUUGUAUAUGUCGACGCAUACUGCCACAUACAUGAGAUGGCAUAAGGAAAAACGGGUGGACGAUGAUGUGAUGCGGCAUCCUGCAGAUGGGGAGGCAUGGAAAGAGUUUGAUCGAACGUUCCUCGAGUUUGCUGCUGAUCCCAUAAAUGUUAGAUUGGGACUUGCCACUGACGGAUUCAAUCCGUAUGGGGUUCUAAACCAACACCACAGCACUUGGCCGAUUUUCGUAUUCCCAUAUAAUUUGCCGUCUUGGAAAUGCAUGAAAAAAGAAUACAUGAAAAAAGAAUACAUGAUGAUGACUGUUUUGAUAACUGAGGAUCCUGGGAGGUCAAUCGAUGUUUACUUAAGGCCGCUGGUUGAUGAGCUGAAGGAUUUAUGGACAAACGGUGUUCGCACGUACGAUAAAUCAACUGGGAAGAUAUUCACUUUGCGGGCAGCAGUUAUGUGGACUGUGAAUGAUUUCCCAGCAUAUGCAAUGGUUUCUGGGUGGAGCACAAAAUGUUAUAUGGCAUAUCCUGUAUGCAAGGAAGAUGUAACUUCUGGUUGGCACGCUGGAAAAGUUUGUUACCUUGGUCAUCGGAGAUGGUUGCCAUGGGACCAUGAGUGGAGGGAAAAAGAUAAAGAGUUCGACGGGAACACAGAGCGUCGCCUUAGACCUAGAGAAUGGUCUGGUGAUGAGAUAUUGGACCAGCUUAACCGGUUGGAUUUUGCUCCCUUCGGGAAAACAGUUAGUCGUAUCAGACCUUCUACACAUAUGAACUGGACGCACAAGCCUAUGUUUUUUGAGCUCCCAUAUUGGUCGAAACUCAAAUUGAGGCACAAUCUAGAUGUAAUGCAUGUUGAGAAAAAUGUAUUCGACACAUUGGUGGGCAUGAUUCUAGAUAUCGAGGGGAAGACAAAGGACACGAUCAAAGCUCGUCUUGAUUUGGAAAGAAUGGGCAUACGAAGGGGUUUAUGGAUGAAUAGGGACAAUGUUAAAGCUAGAAGGGAUCUUGCAUUCUUUUCUAUGAAACCGAAUGACAAGAAAGAGUUUCUAAAGUUUGUAUCGUCUGUAAAGUUUCCCGAUGGGUAUGCUUCUAAUAUCGCACGUUGUGUGAAUGUUGACGGGGGUAAAUUUAUUGGACUUAAGAGCCAUGACUGCCAUGUGUUUAUACAACGCCUACUUCCUGUGAGUAUUCGACACCUAUUGCCGGAAGAUGUAGUGAAGCCAAUCAUUUUGUUGUCCAUAUUUUUUUCCCAACUGACGGCAAAAACUUUGCGAAAAACGGACAUGUUUCAGUUGCGCCAUGACAUUGUCCAAGUCCUAUGCAAGUUUGAGACGAUAUUUCCUCCAGCUUUCUUCACAGGUAUGAUGCACGUGAUGGUUCACUUGCCAGAAGAGGCAUUGCUUGCUGGUCCUGUCAACUAUUGCUGGAUGUAUCCAAUAGAAAGGGCGAAGCCCGAAGGAUCAAUUGUAGAGGCUUGGGUUCAAUAUGAGUCGCUUAAUUUCUACGGAAUGUAUUUAAAAGAUGUGGCGACGGUUUUCAAUCGUCCUCAGCGCAAUCAUGACGGAGGUAUGAGAAAUGAAAAACUUUCUGUUUUUGCCCAAAGCGCACGACCCUUUGGAGAUCCUGGACGAGGGAAGUCGUUUUCUAGAAAUGACAUGGAGGUGAAUAAGUUGAAAUCAUCAAAUUCCCCAACUUACAGUGAUGAGUUAUAUAACUUGGCGUUCGGCCCGAUUCGCGCUGAAUUGUUCUCGGGUUGUAAUGUCAACGGCGUCAAAUUUUUGGGGGUUGCACGAGAUGACAAGUUGUGUACGCAAAACAGCGGUGUCCAUGUCCCAGGUGGAGGCGAAAGUACGGACAUUGAUUUCUAUGGCAAACUCACAACUGUCGUGCAAUUGCUUUACAAAGAUCGAUAUCAAGUGAUCAUGUUUAAGUGUCGAUGGUUUGACACCAACCCAAAUAGGCCGGGAAGUGUUAAAAUCGAUCAUGGCUUACUAUCUGUGAACAUGAACAGAACUUGGUAUGAUGACGACCCUUAUAUUUUGGCAAACAUGGCAACACAAAUUGUGUAUCUAGAUGACCCUAAAGCCGGAAGCGGUUGGAACGUUGUUCAAAAGAUGGAUCAUAGGAACGUGUAUGCUAUACCAAAACUAGACCCAACUGACAACGACGUCGACAAUGUGGCUGACCAACGUUUAGAAUCUUCAAUGGAAAAUGAUGCGGAAACACUUCGAGAUACAAAUGUUAUACAAGAGCCAUUUCAAAUACAAGGAGUGUCUUCAAUCGAAAUACCGAUUCAGUCAAUUACAAUUGACCUCGGUGAUCUUCCGCGAUAUGAUGUUGCAGUUGGCCCGAGCAACGACGAUGAUGUAGUUAUAGAGGAGGCGGAGGAGGAGGAGGAGGAAGAGGAUUGGGAGACCGAAAGUGAUGAUAACGACGAUAACGAAAGUUAUUAUAGUUCAGAUGAUGAAUGA